UGUCAGGCGGUUUAAAGCCUAAUUGCAGGGAGAAAAAAUCAAUUAUAUUUUUACAAUUGUUAAAUAAUAUCAGACUAUUGAGUUGAAGGGGCGUACUUUGAUUGUUGACCGGCGUUCUCAUAGUUUGAACCUGGAGUUUAUGCCUGACAGACAUUACAGCGGGCAGAUAAAUAUUAUCGCUUCAUUGAGUGACGUUUUCCUGGCGGGGCAAUGCGAAACCAGAAACUUGUAAACGCGAAGCUAAACAUUAGUGUUUACGCAGAUGAUUGAUACAUGUGAAUGUUUUCUUAUUGCAUACAGUCAGAAUCUGAGGCUAAUUCUAAACGUAGGCAAACGUAUGACGUUGCUAAACAGUUAUGAGGCAAAUGUCCUGUUAACCGCCAACAGGCAGAGCUAAGCUAACGUUUAGCGCGCUGUUUGUCAUUCACUACCAGCUAUCAGUUAAACCAAUAUGAGCUCUUCACGAGAAAUCAAACAGCUGCUGAAGGCAAAAAGCAAAGCCCAGACCAGCAAUCACUUAAAGGAGGAAGCCAACAUCUGCAACCAGCUAGGAGAGCUGUUGUCCAGGACUGGUGACUACAAGGCAGCCAUCAGGGAACAUCAACAGGAGCUAGCUCUCUCUGAGGCUCUAAAAGAUGUGAUCGGACGCGCUGUGGCCCAUCGGAAGAUAGGAGAGUGCUAUGCAGAGAUGGGAAACAUCGAGGCUGCUUUGAAACAUCAGCAUCAUCACCUGGACCUGGCUCGCUCUGUCAGAGAUCAUGCUGAAGAGCAAAGAGCUCUGGCUACCAUUGGUCGUACCUACCUGUUCUGUUAUGAAUCUGACCAAUCGAAGAACAGUUUAAAGCUGGCAGAAGAUGCUUUCAGGAAGAGCUUGGCCAUUGUGGAUGAGCGUCUAGGUGGGAUGGUGUCCGAGCGAGAGAUCAGUGAGAUGAAGGCUCGGCUUUUCCUCAACCUUGGUCUGGUGUGCGAUCAUCUAGGGGAGCCCAAACGCUGCAGCGAGUUCAUCCGACGUAGCGUCUUCAUUGCAGAGAGGAGCCAGCUGCUAGAGGAUCUCUACCGGGCCAACUUUAACUUGGGCAACAUCUACUUCCGCAACGGCCAACACUCCAACUCUGUCCGCUGUUUGGAGCAGGCCAAAGAGUGUUCCCGGAAGAUGAAAGACAAGUUUGCUGAGAGUGAAUGCUUUCACUGCAUUGGCAAGGUGCAGCUGUCUCUGGGGGAUUUUGUAGCUGCCAGACGAUCUCUAAAGAAGGCUCUACUGUUGGGUUCUCAACAACCAGCAGACAAGCAGGCAGUGAAGAAAGCUUUUAAAUAUGCUGAUCGAGGCUGUAGGUUAGAGGAAGAGCUGGGGGAAGAUCAGGAGGAGAGUUUCGGCUCCCAUCGGGCUGUGGAGCUGUCGGAGCAGCUAGGGGAUCUUUACUGUAAGGUUGGCUGCUACAGCAAAGCUCUGGAGGCUUACCAGGCUCAGCUGAAAGGUGCUGAGAUGAUGGCGAAACCGGCGCGGGAGCUGGCUGUGAUCCACGUGUCCCUGGCUGCUACCUGCACAGACCUGAGACAACACGACAAGGCCGUGGAGCACUACAGGAAGGAGCUGGCUUUACGACAGGGCAGCUCUACAGAGGAGUGUAGCACAUGGCUGAACAUCGCAGCAGCUCAGGAGGAGAGUGGCUGCAUAUCUGAGGACAUAGAAGGCAGCUACAGAUCAGCUUCACGCUGUGCAGAGGCGUCCGGGGAGGUCCGACUGCAGAAACGCACGCUGAGACUCUGGCUGGCCUUCCAAAGACGGAGCGGCUCAUCGGAAGCAGAUGACACGGCGGCGAAGCUGCAAGAGCUUUGUGCCUCAAAGGGCUGUGAUCCAGAGGAGAGUGAUGGGGAGGAGGAUGAGGAGGAGGAGACGGACAACACCGAAACUCUGGAGGACAGCGAUGUCGUUCUCUCAGACUCAGAUGAUGAUUUAGAGGGUUACGACAAAAUGGUGUCAGGAAGAAGAAAGACAGGGAGGUGGAAUAAGAGGAACGAGAAGGGAGAGACGUCUCUCCACAGAGCGUGUAUCGACGGAAACCUGAAGCAAGUCCAGUGUCUGGUAGAGCAGGGUCACCCAGUAAAUCCCAGGGACUACUGUGGCUGGACUCCCCUCCACGAGGCCUGCAACCAUGGUCACUAUGAUGUGGUGGCCUUGCUACUGGAGCGUGGCGCCAACAUCAACGAUCCCGGCGGGCCCCUCUGUGAGGGAGUGACUCCUCUGCACGACGCCCUCGCUUGCGGGAAUUUAAAAGUUGCACGACUGCUGGUGGAACGAGGAGCUUCUGUCACACUCCGCAACUCCAAGGGGGAAACUCCCUCAGACACCCUGCGUCACUGGCAGAAGAUGUACAGCAGAGAGCUGGACAAGGAGACCCGGCAGGAGUGUCUCAUCACAGAGAAGCUCCUGAGGAAGGCUCUGUCACGGGGAGUUCCUUCUGCUCCAGCUGCGGCCAAGCCUUUCGAUGCGUUGCAGGACAGCCAGCUGUUUGAUGCAGAAAAUUCAGAGCCGCUGGCGACCACUAGAGGGGGCUGUUCCUCCAGCCAGGACUGGUCUAGAACCGCCAGAGACUCGGGAGUGCAACCUAGCAGCCCAAAACGACGGCAGAGCAAACCGAGGCACAGAGCCAGAGGAACCGAGGCUGCGGUUCUAUACGGGGUGGCCAGCAGCAGCUCGGAUGACUCUGAUGGCUCGGUUAGUCCUCUCCGUCCUGUCCACCCCAGACGCACUUUCCUAGCAGCGCAGAGUCAAAAGGAGAUCCCUCCUGAAGAACUUGCUGCCGUCCCCAGCUCCAGCCGAGAUGGCACCAGGGAAGCCCCCGCCCCAUCUGUUUUCGGACGAGACGAGUACCACAGCGCCAUCCGCGGUUUAGGCAGCUCCAAAACUCUCCAACAGAGUUUCGCUCAUCCUCAGUUCUCCAGCACACCCGCCGCUUCGUCCAUUAGCAAAUCUGCUCUGGUUCCAGAGGACGAGUAUCUGGCAGACGACUGGCUGGAGGACGAUUUGUUGGAAAUGCAGCCGAAGAAAAAGAGGAGGCUUCGGAUGGAGCGCGGUGAGCCGAGAGGGGAGGAGACGGCUUCAUCGUCAGCAGCAAGGAGUCAAAGCAAGCCGUCGAACUCCAACUCAACCUGCAGAGAUUAUUCCGUAAACUCCUCCUCAUCCAGCUGGGGAGUCUCUCAGAGGAAGAACGGCUUGCUAAGGCCUCGUCAGGUGAAAAUGUCUCAGAUGCCGGGGAUGGUGAGAUUAGGGAGGCGAGAGGUCAACAGGUCACACAGUCCCAAUGUUACAAGUGACGAGGACAUGAGACCAGAAACGCCUCUACAAAUUCCCCAUCAGACUACAGCUCAGGCUUCAGCUGCUCCCACGCCCACAUCACUGCCUCCACCAAUCAGGAUGAGGGUCAGAGUGCAAGAGGACGUGUUCCUCAUCCCAGUUCCACAGAGUGAAGCAGAGUCCUGCACCGUGUCGUGGCUUUGUGAUCAGGCAGCGCGGCGUUACUACCAGAAAUGUGGCCUCCUGCCUCGUCUUUCACUGCAGAAGGAAGGAGCUCUGCUGUCUCCUCAGGACCUGCUGCUGGCUGUCCUGCAGACCAAUGAAGAGGUUCUGGCUGAAGUUUGCUCCUGGGAUCUUCCUCCUCUCCCUGAACGCUACAGAAAGGCGUGUGAGAGUCUUGCAGUGGAGGAGAACAAACGUGUGACCCGGUUGUGUGAGGUCCAGGACAGCAGCUCCUCGGUGUCGGUGUGUGGUCUCAGUCUGGGCCCCGCCUCCCUCAACCCGCUCCUCCGCGCCUUUAAACUUCAGGCCAGUCUCAGCGAGCUGCGCGUCUCUGGCAACCGGCUCUCAGAUGACCUUCUCCCUGAGCUGGUCGCCGCGACAACCACCAUGCCUCAUCUUCGGCUGCUGGACGUUUCUGCUAAUUUAAUAACGGGAGACGGGCUGGAGAGGGCUGUUGGCGCUCUGAAGGGACAGAGUCAUCCCGCGUUUCCGUGCCUGGAGGAGCUGAAUCUCAGCAUGAACCCUCUGGGAGACGCCGUGUCCGAGUCUCUGUCCUGUCUGCUGUCCCUCUGUCCUCUGCUUUCCAAGCUGUCCCUGCAGGCCUGUGGCCUCACCGCUCGGUUCCUUCAGCAGCAUCGGCUGCUGCUCGCCAGCGCUCUGAAAGAAUUGGGUCACCUGAAAUCUGUGUCCCUAUCCCACAAUGCACUGGGCUCCACUGGCUUUGAGCUGGUCUUGAGGACUCUGCCGCUCCACUCUCUCACUCACCUGGACCUGUCCGCCAUUCGUAGGGGUCCUACUGAUCACCCGGCACUGGAACACCUCACCAAAGUCCUCUCACAGGAGGAGUGUUCUCUGACCCACCUGAGUCUGGCCUCAAACGGACUGACGGACAGCAGCAUCAUCGUCUUGUCCAGGUGCCUGCCUUUAUGCCCGACUCUCGUGAGUCUGAACCUGUCAGGAAACCCGUCUGUGACCUCAGUGGGACUUCAAAGCAUCCUGAUGUCCAUGAGAGAGGCGUCCCGACCGCUGACGCAUCUAAACCUUCAGGGAUGUCAGGUGUCUGGCCCGUGGGAUAGCUAUGCCCUGGAUGGUUUAUCCACACACGUUCAGGAGCUCCGCCUUUGCUCCCGGAGCCUGAACAAACUGAACCGAGACGCCUUAAAGCAGAACUGGGUCAAGAACCACCCAGAUGGAUGCUUCCUGAACCAAAACUCCAAGUUCCUGCUCUCUGCUGCAGACUCCUCUAGAUGACGAUCGUUUUUAAAUUCCCUUCGUCUUCAUCACUGAUGCAGUUUUGAGCCACGUUUUUAAUAAAGCUGCUUUUUAAGGGUUUAAUCAGUGAAAGUGUGAGGAGACUAAUAAAAGCAGAUCCAUUUCAUGGAGUUUUGAAGGCCCCCAUUAUAUGUAAAUAUGCAAAAAAGUUGUUUUUCUGUCUUCAACCCAUGAAAUAACUUUGUUAAAUAAAAAAAAUGAACGGAUCGUUGAA